GUGAUUCCACAUUCCAGGCAGGUUUGCUGAAAAUGCAGACAUGAAGAAUUGGGAAUAAGUAACUAAACGUCAAAUAUAAAGAUGCCUACAGGCGAUUCUAGAAAGGAUUACAUUCUUGCUACUACAGCAAACUAUUUUGGAUUGGGAGUCAGUGAUGCUGCCAUUACAGCUCUCCAAGAUUCCACGGCUCUGAACAGCUUCCUUGACGAUGGAAACAUCGAUCUGUGUGCAGGAAGAAUUGAAACCAGGGGGAGCACAAAGAGAUUGGGCUUCUCCAACAAGCUGGAGCCCAAUGAAAGCAAAGAAAAGGUUAUUGUCUUCUUCAAAGUUAGCCCAGAAGUGAUCACUCCAGAUAACCUUCACACAAACACCAUAGUGUCCACGAUGAUCGACUCCCCCCUGAGCACGCUCUAUCAUGCUGUCCAGAAAAUAUAUGCCCCUCUGAUGCUAGAGGAUGGAAAAUGGAGUCGGACACUUGACCCCAAGCUGCAGAGCUUGAUCAGCGAGCUGGAGGCUGGACUCGGAAGUGCCAUCAGAAAGCAGGAUCCCUCAUUCAAAGGGAAGGGAGACAAUGCUGAUAACUUAGGAAGUAUUCUGAGUCCUGUGGAUGAGUUCCAGUACUGGGGAGACAUGGCCAGAAGCGAUGAGAGGGCUUCCCAGUUUGUGGACCUCUUUAAGCCAAUCAGUAAAGAGUUUGGGGGCCUGGACACCAUGGAGAUGAUGGAUGUCAUGGAGCUGGUGGAGAUUGCUCAGGACACACUGGAUGAUGUCUGGAAGUUUGUCGACUUUGACGCCUACCCGGAGCCCAGAAUGAAACAUCUCAUGGAUGUCAUUGGUGGUAGUCUUGGAAGAUAUGUCCAAAGAAAGCUAUCAGAAGUUGACCUUUGGACUGGGAAUUUUGGAAUGGUCAAGGAAGACUUGAGAUCAGGUGUGGCCAUCUGUGAGAGAUGGGUUGGGGUCUGUGAAACCCUGACCACUCAGUUCUGGAAGAGCUUCCGCCUACAUCCAUGGAAGGGAGAGAAAUAUAUUCCAGAAAAUUUGAAGCAGCUUGCAAAUAGAUUGGAAGAGAUUCUUACACUAAGAAUAGUGCAUGAGCAACAGAUCCGCCUGCUUUCAUCGUCAGAGCAGAAAGAUCUUCGCACUGCUGAGGCCUUCCAUCCUUUUAUGGGACUGAAUCCUCUACAGUAUAACCCUUAUACCAUGCCCCUGUGGAAUGCUGCUGUGGCUCAGUAUGACAAAAUCAUGGCUCCCGUGGAACAGAAAAUAGCCGGAAAAUUAAGGUCACAGUUCAAAGGUCUAGAAGGUUAUCCCCAGCAGUUAUUAAGAGAGUUUCAGAGGUAUAAAGAAUUGAUAAAAAGACCUAGUAUAAAGAAGGAAAUGGUGUCUGAAAGAGAAACUCUCCUUGGACAAUUAAAUGUGAAUUUGAGAGAAACUGAAGAUGAUUUCCAGAAAAGAACUGGACAAAGAGCUGGCAACAAAGGAAUACCAAAGGGGAAAAAUCUCCCAGAGAUUGUCAAUGCCAUUGUGUUUGUCAGGCAACUGGAGGCUAAGACAGAGGAAACCAUCAAAACAGCUGAGACAUUAUUGGGAGACUUGUCAGGGUUCUCUAAGUUCCGAAAAGACGCCCAGGAGCUGCUGGAUGAGCUGAGACAAUGGCGACAGGAGCAGUUUGAUGAUUGGACGAGAGACAUCACGGACAGAAUCAGUGACCCCAAGGAACCUCUCUGCUUGGAGACCAAUGGUAGACUGAUGGAACUGAAUCACAAGACCGGGAAGCUACAGGUCAAUUACGGAGACCGUCUGGUGACCUUGAUGAGGGAGGUCAGACAGCUCAGUGGGAUGGGCUUUGCUGUUCCCGCCAAAAUCCAACACGUCUGCAACACAGCCCAGAAGUUCUACAGACAUGGAGUUGUUCUGAAACAGGUGGCUCAUUUCUACAACACAUUGGACCAGCAGAUGAUUUCAUGUCAACAGCCAAUGAUGUUGAACUCAGCCAUUGCUUUUGAGAAACUGGUGAAAAACCCCAAAACAGGGAGUAAAGCAAAAGGAGAAAAUGUGGAGAUUACUUGGGACGAUCCAGAGGAGCUGGACAAAUACAUCCACAAACUGCAGAAAGCGGCCGAAAGACUGACCACUGAGAACCGCAAGCUGAGGAAAUGUCACCUGACCGUCUGUGAGAAGGUCCAGACACUGAUGGGGGUGGAUCUGCUGAGACAGCAGCAGAAGUGGAAGGAUGGACUUAUGGAAAUCCGGCACCUGAUGGCCAAUCUUGUGCAGCAGGGUUUUUCAUCGGAUCACAUGCGCCCUUGGAAGGCCCACUGGGACAGACAGCUGUACAAGGCUCUGGAGCACCAGUACCAGAUGGGACUGGAGGCACUCAAUGAGAACCUCCCGGAAAUCAAGGUGGAACUGACCUACAGACAACAGCAACUGCAGUUCCGUCCUCCAUUUGAGGAGAUCAAGGCCAAGUAUUUCCGAGAGAUGAAGCGUUUCAUCAGUAUCCCUAACAACUUCAAAGGAGUGGGAGACGAUACCACCAACCUGAUAUUUCCUGCCAUCAUCGACCGAAAUGCUGAAGGAUUCAUCACCUGUUACAGGAAAGCCGAUGCUCUGUUCAAGAGACUGGAAACCGCUCAACAUCAGUUCAAGCAAUGGUGUGUCCUUGGAGCCCUUGACCUUGACCAGUUUGUGGAGGACAAUCUGAAGGACCUGUCAGACUGGGAGAAGAACUUCAAAGGUCUGAAGGCCCGGGGGAGGGACGCAGAGAAAUUACCCAGCCAAAUCAAGGUUGAUUGCAUCACUGUCAACACCAACCCUGUGAAGGCAGUGAUUGAUGACCACAUACAGAGGUUGUUUGAUGCCCUCCUGAACUCCUUACGGAAGGCCAUCAGUACGGAGGUCAACUCCAUCGAUGGCUUCCUGAAGGAUGCCAUGGAAACUCUGUCUAAGCGGCCACAGAGUGUGGAGGAAAUAGGAGAGGCUAAUGGCAAGCACGCGGAAUUCCUCAAGAAAAAGAAAGAGAUCCAGCCCCUGUUUAUGAAGGCAGAGGCCAAGAACAAACUGCUGCGGUCAGUAGCAGGCGGGGGAGUGGACUCACUCAGCUCCCUCCAAGCCUUUUGGGACAAGUUUGAAUUGAUGAUGGAGAGUCACCAACUUAUGGUCAAAGAACAGGUUGAGGUAAUGAAGAACAAUGUGGACUCGCGAGUGAAGGCCUUUAUCCAGGAAGUGGAGAAGUUUGCGGCCCGCUGGCACCAGUUGAAGCCUGGUGACGACGCACUGGACGGAGACAGAAAGAAGUGUGAGGCGGCUGUACAGGUCAUCAAGGACAAACGACAGGAGUUCGCAGAGCUGGAGAAGACCAGAGAGACACUCGUACAUGACUGUGAACAUUUUGGAAUGGAGUUGCCUGAUCUGGAGGUUGCUAAUGAACUGAAGGCUGACAUGUCUAACUUUGAGAGCAUGUGGGGACUGUAUGAACAAUUCAACAAUGGACUCCAGGAACUGGCCAAAGAGGAUUGGAUCUCAUUCAGGAGCAAGGCCUACAUGUUUGAGGAAUUCCUGAGUUCAUGGUAUGAGAAGUUGAAAUCGGAAGAGCCCACCACUAUGACAGUCAGAUUGCAGAAGGACAUUGAUAAAUACAAGAAUGUACUCCCAGUGCUGAAAUGGGUGCGUGGAGAGCCUCUCUCCCAGGAUCACUGGAUGGAGCUAUUCCGUCUGCUUCAUAUGCCCAGGGGAACUACACUGGAGAAGCUGAACUUUGGCCAUGUUCUCAACGCCAGUGAUGAAAUCAUCAGGAAUGCAGAUGCCCUGAAGGAGUUGAACCAGCGUGCCCAGGGUGAGGUGACAAUCCGUGAAGCCAUCAGGGAGCUGGACCUGUGGGGGGCAGGGGCGGUGUUCACCCUCACAGAGUACGAGGACAGUAACAAGAACGGCAUCAUGCUGAUCAAGGACUGGAAGGACCUGGUCAACCAAGUUGGAGACAACCAGGCAUUGCUGCAGUCUCUGAAGGACUCCCCAUACUACAAGAGCUUCGAGGACAAAGCCUCAGUCUGGGAGCAGAGGCUUGCUGAUCUGGAUGAGUAUCUCCACAACCUGAAUCAGAUCCAGAGAAAGUGGGUCUACCUGGAGCCAAUCUUUGGAAGAGGAGCCCUUCCCAAGGAGCAAGGACGAUUCAAGAGGGUGGAUGAUGAUUUCAGGAACAUUAUGAUGGAUGUCCGUCGAGACAACAGGGUGUUGUCCUUAGUUAGCAAGGCAGGACUGAGGAACCUUCUGACCACCAUGUUGGAUCAGCUUCAGAGAUGCCAGAAGUCUCUCAAUGAAUUCUUAGAGGAGAAAAGAUCACUGUUUCCCCGCUUCUACUUCAUUGGAGACGAUGACUUACUAGAGAUCCUGGGACAGUCUACUAAUCCCAAUGUGAUCCAGACACAUCUGAAGAAGCUGUUUGCUGGGAUUCACAGUGUGGAGUUUGAUGACAAUGCCCAGCACAUCCUGGCCAUGAAAUCCCUGGAUGGAGAGGUGGUGCCACUGCUUAGGAAAGUCAAGAUUAUGCCAGAAGUGGAGAUUUGGCUGGGAAAACUUGCUGAUGAAAUGAAAGAAACUCUACAGGAACUCCUGAGGGAGUGUUUGAAAGAUGCUAAAGGAGGCAAGGGAAGUCUGGACCCAGGCAAAUAUCCAUCGCAGAUUCUGUGUUUAGCUGAACAGAUCCGAUUCACAGAGAUGUGUGAGCAUGCUAUUUCUAAAGGCACCCUCCCUCAGUACAACAAAGAGCUGGCCUCCCAGCUCGAGUCCUACACUGACGUCGACCUUGGGGACAGCUCCAGUGAUACACAGACUCAUGUUCUUGACCUCAAGCUGAAGGCCCUCAUCCUGGACACUAUCCAUGCAAUUGACGUGGUCCAUCAGCUGAUGCAGGCUGGAACUCGCUCACCAGAUGAGUGGAUGUGGAACAAACAGCUGAGAUUCUACAUGAACAGAAAAGGCCUGUGUAGCAUAAAUAUGGUGGAUGCUGAGUUUGAGUACACUUAUGAGUACCAGGGCAAUGCUGCUAAACUGGUGCACACCCCACUGACAGACAAGUGCUACCUGACGCUCACACAAGGUAUGCACAUGGGGCUGGGAGGAAAUCCCUAUGGUCCUGCAGGUACUGGGAAGACAGAGUCUGUGAAGGCCAUGGGGGGACUGUUUGGGCGACAAGUGCUGGUCUUCAACUGUGAUGAGGGUAUAGAUGUGAAGUCCAUGGGGAGGAUCUUCAUUGGUCUAGUGAAGUGUGGAGCGUGGGGAUGUUUUGACGAGUUUAACCGUCUGGAGGAAGCUGUGCUUUCAGCCGUAUCCAUGCAGAUCCAGGUCAUCCAGGAUGCCAUUAAAAACCGUGCUCCAAUGGCAGAGCUGCUUGGGAGAAAUGUUGAUAUUGACCACAACUCUGGAAUUUUCAUUACCAUGAACCCAGCAGGCAAGGGUUAUGGAGGUCGUCAGAAGUUACCGGACAACUUGAAGCAGUUGUUCCGACCGGUGGCCAUGUCUAAGCCAGACAAUGAGCAGAUCGCUGAAGUCAUCCUGUUCUCUGAAGGAUUCAAGGCAGGCAAAGAAUUGGGAAGGAAACUGGUGGCUGUGUUCAACCUCUCCAAGGAGUUGCUGACUCCCCAGCAGCACUAUGACUGGGGACUGAGGGCCCUGAAGACAGUACUGAGGGGCUGUGGGAACCUGCUGCAGCAGGCCAAGAAAAAGGGAGCCAAGGUGGAUGGUAAAUUUGAAGCCAAGUUAGUGGUGCAGGCCCUGAGAAUCAACACCCUGUCCAAACUGACGUUCUCGGACUGUGCUCGCUUCAAUGCUCUGAUGAAGGAUGUGUUCCCGGGGAUUGAGUUCAAGGACAUUGAGUAUGAGGAGCUGGCCGAGGCCAUCAGAUCUGUGUGUAAGGAGGCCAACUUAAGGGUCAACGAAAUCCAGAUCAAGAAGGCCCUGGAGCUGUAUGAACAGCUGAGACAGAGGACAGGGGUGGUGGUGGUGGGCCCCAGUGGUUCUGGAAAAACCACGCUGUGGCGAAUCCUCAGGCAGGGACUCCACAAACUCAACAAGGAGGUCAAAAAGUACACCAUGAACCCUAAGGCCAUGCACAGGACACAGUUGCUGGGUCAGAUUGACAUAGAUACCAGAGAAUGGACUGAUGGAGUCCUGACCUACAGUGCCAGACAAGUGGUCAAAGAACCUCAGGAGAUCCAGUCCUGGAUUAUUUGUGAUGGUGACAUUGAUCCGGAGUGGAUCGAGUCCCUGAAUUCAGUACUGGAUGACAACAGGCUCCUUACCAUGCCUUCUGGAGAGAGGAUCCAAUUUGGACCUAACGUGAACUUCCUGUUUGAGACCCAUGACUUGAGCUGUGCCUCCCCUGCCACCAUUUCUAGAAUGGGAAUGAUCUUCCUCAGUGAUGAGGACACAGACAUUAAGGCUGUGGUCACCUCCUGGCUGAGCUCCCAGCCUGAGAGUGAACAACACAUCCUGUCAGGCUGGAUUGAGGACCACUUCUACAAGGCUGUCGACUGGGUUCUGAAGCAGAAUGACUUUGUGGUGGAGACCAGUCUGAUUGGGGUGGUGCUGAAUGGACUCUCUCAUCUGCACAAUGUCCGGAACAAGGCACACUUUGCCGUCUGCCUGAUCCAUGGAUUGGGAGGAAACCUGAACGAAGGAAGCAGAGAGGCAUUUGCAAAAGAGGUGUUUGCCUGGACUCAAGAAAUGCCACCAGACUCAAGGCGCCCGCUGGACACGUUCUACGAUGAGAAUAUGGGACGUCUAAUGACCUACAACAUGGAGGCCACCAGAGACCUGAGUGCAGACAACUUUACGACUGGGGGGUCCCUCCCUGUGGUCAGAACUGGAGAUGUACAGCGGGGCCUGGACUACUUUGCCCCCUGGCUACAGCCCGACAACAAACAGCCCUUCAUCUUAGUGGGACCCGAGGGCUGUGGAAAGGGGAUGUUGCUGAAGCAUUGCUUUGAGCAGCUGAGGUCCACCCAGGUGGCUGUGGUUCACUGCAGUGCCCAGACAAACCCCACCCACGUUCUACAGAAGCUGAGCCAGAGCUGCAUGGUUUUGAACACAAACACUGGCCGUGUGUACCGACCCAAGGACUGUGAACGCCUGGUUCUGUACCUGAAGGACUUGAACCUGCCCAAACCAGACAAGUGGGGAACGUGUCAGCUGGUGGCCUUCUUACAGCAGGUCAUCACUUACAAUGGGUUUUAUGACCACAACCUUGAGUGGGUGGGUCUGGAAGGAGUACAGAUUGUGGCCAGUAUGAAUGCAGGGACAGGACUGGGGCGCCACAAACUGACCACCCGCUUCACCUCCAUUGUCAGAAUCUGCUGCAUUGGAUAUCCAGACAAGGAACAAUUGCAGGCAAUCUAUGGAGCUUACCUGACCCCCAUCCUCAACAGACAACUAGGGCGGCACCCAGUGUGGGGCAACCCAGCCAAGGUGUAUGCCCUGGCUGGAUCCAUGGUGCAGCUGUAUGAACAGUUGAGGUCAAGGUUCACUGUAGAUGACUACAGUCACUACCUGUUCACGCCACGUGACCUGACAAACUGGUGCCUCAGCCUGCUGAGGUACGACCUGAACGCUGGGGCCAAGGAGGGGUCCAGUGACCAUGUGCUAGAGAUCUGGGCGUACGAGGCCCGCCGUCUGUUCAGGGACCGGGUGGUGGGGACCGAGGGACAGAACAAGUUUGACAGCAUCCUCAUGUCCACAGUGAGGGCGGACUGGUCAGCCAACAUCUUUGACAACUUGGACACUGACUACUUUGUAACCUGGGGGGCCCGCCACGAGGAUGGAGGGCCGGCCGUGGCAGCAGGAGCACCUCUACCCUCCACAGGGAAACCCCUGGGGAAAUUGAACACUGAUGAUCUGACUGCAGUUAUAGAGAGAGGACUCAAGCUGUACAGUCGUGAAAACAGAGAUUUGGACAUUUUGAUCUUCAGGGAAGUUUUGGACAACAUUGCUAGAGUGGACAGAGUCCUGACUCUCCCAGGGGGGUCCCUUCUGAUGGCAGGGAGGAGUGGGGUGGGGCGUAGAACCGCUGUUCUACUAGUGGCUCACAUGCAUCAGAUGCACUUGUUCUCUCCCAAAGUCUCCCGUGCCUAUGGCAUGAAGCAGUUCAAGAAUGAUCUAAAAACUGUGAUGCAGCUGGCUGGGAUUGAGGGUGAGCAAGUGGUGCUCCUCCUGGAGGACCACCAGUUUGUAGAGCCUCAAUUCCUGGAGAUGAUCAACAGCCUCCUGUCCUCAGGCGAGGUGCCUGGGCUGUACUCCCCCGAGGAGCUGGAGCCUCUACUCUCACCCCUCAGGGACAUGGCCUCAGAGGCAGGGUUCAGGGGAACUCUCAUCAACUUCUUUGCUUCCAGAAUCAAGACCAAUCUGCACAUUGCCAUGAUCAUGGACUGCAGUAACAACUCAUUUACCCUGAACUGUGAGAGUAACCCCGCCCUGUACAAGGAGUGUGCGGUCCAGUGGAUGGAGUCCUGGAGUCGCGACUCAAUGGUCAAGGUGCCCUACAUGCUGUUGACAAAGCCCCCAAAGAUAGAAGGGGCCAGCAUUGGGGAGAAGAAGCGACACCAGAGGAAGUUAUCAGGGGGAGAGGAGUUGUUGAAGUGUUUCCUCCACGUUCACGAGUCCUGUAUCCAAGCCAACAUGGGGGCCACUCCGCGGCGCUACAUCGCCUUCCUCAACACCUACCAGACCGUUUACAGCAAUAAGAAGGCCGGGGUGGAGAAACGCCAGCACCAUCUACAGGCUGGUGUAUCCAAACUGAAUGAAGCCAAACAGUUAGUGGAUGAACUGAAGAGGAAGGCUGGGGAGCAGAGUGUGUUACUAGCAGAGAAACAGGCUGAGGCCGACACAGCACUGAGGGAAAUUACGAUCAGCAUGCAGAAUGCCAGUGACCAGAAGAACGAGAUGGAGGAACUGAAGAGACAGGCGGCAGAGGAAGACAAAGUCCUGCAGACCAGGAAAAAGGCCAUCGACCGAGAGCUCGCAGAGGUAGAGCCUCUGGUGCAGGCAGCAAAGUCUGCCGUGGGCAACAUCAAAACGGAAUCACUGUCCGAAAUCCGCUCUCUCAGGGCCCCACCAGACACCAUCAGGGACAUCCUGGAGGGGGUGCUCAGGCUGAUGGGAAUCUUUGAUACCUCCUGGGUCAGCAUGAAGAGUUUCUUGGCCAAGAGAGGAGUAAAGGAAGAAAUUCAGACUUUUGAUGCCAGGAAGAUUACUCCUGAAAUCAGGAAAGGAGUGGAGGCCCUCAUCAGGAAAAGCAAGGACUCUUUCGAACCAGCGGCUGCCAAAAGAGCAUCAGUUGCAGCAGAGCCCCUGGCAGCGUGGGUGAAAGCCAACGUUCAGUUCUCUUAUGUACUGGAAAGGAUUGAGCCUCUGGAAAAUGAACAGAAUGAACUCAUCAGGAAUUUGAAGAAAGCAGAAUCCAGAAUGGACAAACUGAAGAGGGCUCUUGAUGAAGUGGAUGCCAAAGUGGCCUCCCUUAGAAACAGAUUUGAGACCCUGACCAAGGAAGCUGCUGAGCUGAAGAUAAAGCUGGACAAGGAGAACGAAACGAUCCAGGCGGCAGAGACUCUAGUCACCAAACUGGAGGGGGAGUACCAGAGGUGGAGCCGACAGGUCGGAGAACUCUCAGAUGAGUUAAAGGAACUUCCUAAAAGAGCUCUGUUGGCCUCGGCGUUUAUCACUUACCUGGCCCAGGCACCCGAGGAUGUACGAAGAAACUUUAUGAACACUUGGUCUGAAGCCCUAGGGGUGCAGCAUUUUGACUGCCGCCGAUUUCUCAGCACAGAGAGUGAACAGCUGAUUUGGAAAUCUGAGGGUCUGCCAUCAGACGAACUAUCCAUGGAGAAUGCCCUGGUUAUAUUGCAGAUCAAUGAUAUACCAGCAGGGAGUACACAAAGGCCAUUCUUGAUUGACCCGUCCUCUAGAGCUACUGAUUGGCUGAAAUUUCACCUCAAAGAUCAACGACUGGAGGUCAUCAACCAACAGGAUGCCAACUUUACAACAGCCCUGGAAUUGGCUGUCAGGUUUGGGAAAACUUUGAUCAUACAAGAAGUGGAUGGAGUAGAGCCGAUCCUGUAUCCAUUGCUGCGUGGUGACCUCGUAUCUCAAGGUCCCAGGUUUGUGGUUCAGAUUGGUGAGAAGUCGAUCGACUACAACGAAGAGUUCCGCCUCUUCCUGACCACAAGGAACCCCAACCCUGAGAUUCCCCCUGAUGCCUUCUCCAUUGUAACUGAGGUCAACUUCACCACCACCAGAGCUGGACUCACAGGACAGUUGCUGGCAGCCACCAUACAAAAUGAAAAGCCGGAGCUGGAGGUGAGAAAGACAGAGUUAUUGAAGACGGAGGAAGAUCUAAAGAUCCAGCUGGCCAAGAUGGAGGAAUCACUACUGGAGGAACUGGCCAAUGCUAAAGGAAACAUUCUGGAGAACAAGGAACUGCUGGACUCACUGAACAAGACCAAGGCCAGCAGUAUCACUAUAUCAGACUCGCUGACCGAGUCUGUCCGUCUACAAGCCUCACUCGACCAGGAGAGGAACACCUACCUACCGCUGGCGGAGAGCGGCAGCAGGAUGUACUUUGUGAUCAGUGAUCUCGCCAAGAUCAACAACAUGUACAGGUUCAGUCUGGCCGCCUUCCUCCGGAUCUUCCAGAAAGCUCUCAAGACCAAACAGGAUGGUAGUGGAACCGACCAUAGAAUUAAAGCCCUGACACAGAGGCUACAGAACCUGGUGUAUGAAUAUGUCUGCCGCUCCCUGUUCAAAGCCGACCGCCUCAUGUUUGCCCUUCACAUGGUGCAUGGAAUGAAACCAGAACUAUUUGAGGAAAAUGAGUGGGAGGGGUUUACUGGUACUUUGGUGUCGGAAAUGAAGGCGGACGGAGGUCGAGGAAUGCCAUCAUGGAUAGAUCAGGAGAGACAAACGGCUGUGACCAACCUCAAGACCAACUUCCCAAAGCUGUACCAAGUGUUGAACUUUGAUGACGGUUCAUUGUGGUCAAGUUUCUCCCGCAGUAAUGAGUGCGAGAAGGAGUUCCCGUCGGUGAUAGAAAAGAGAAUCAGUCUGUUCCAGCAGCUACUGGUCGUACAGGCUGUCAGGCCUGACAGACUCCAAACCGCCAUGGGACUGUUCGCCUGCAAGGCUCUAGGCAUGAAGGAGCUCUCUCCACCCUCUGUGAAUCUCAAGCGACUCCUGGAGACAGAGACUUUACCCUCAGAGCCCAUUCUGAUCAUUAUCUCCCCUGGUGCUGACCCCUCACAGGAGUUACAGGACUUGGCAGAACAGACCAUAGGUGGCGACAAAUACCAUCAGGUUGCCAUGGGUCAAGGCCAAUCAGAUAUAGCUAUGCAGUUGCUGAGGGAGUGUUCUCAGAAUGGAGAAUGGCUGUGUCUAAAAAACCUCCAUCUUGUAACAGCCUGGCUGCCACAACUUGAGAAAGAAAUAAACACUUUGAAGCCACAUGAUGACUUCAGACUCUGGUUGACUGCAGAAGUUCACCCAAAAUUCCCAACAAUUCUCCUGCAGAGCAGCUUGAAAAUUACCUAUGAGGCUCCUCCUGGAGUGAAGAGGAACCUGAUGAGGACCUACGAGUCCUGGAACCCUGAGUACAUCAGUAAGUCGGGCAGUGUCCUCCGGGCCCAGGCUCUGUUUGCCCUCGCCUGGUUCCAUGCUGUCGUACAGGAGAGGAGAAUGUACAUCCCACAGGGUUGGACGAAGUUUUAUGAGUUCUCAUUGUCUGAUUUGAGAGCGGGAGCAGACAUCAUUGACAGACUAAUCAAAACAGGCACGGACCAGGAAUGGAAGUUUGUACACGGACUGUAUGAAUUCGCUAUCUAUGGUGGCAGGGUAGACAACACUUUUGAUUUGAGAGUGAUGGUGUCCUAUCUCAGACAAUUUUUUGAUGGUAACACAUUGAGUCAGGGCCGAAAUAAAAGACUGGGACCGUUACGACUACCCACAUCCACAAACUUUAGGGAUUAUGUGGAAGCCAUUGAAGAACUUCCAGAGUUUGAUAAGCCGUCCUACUUUGGUUUACCAGAGAAUAUAGAGAGGUCAGCACAGAGAAUUAUAAGUAACCAGGUCAUAGGUCAACUCAAGGUCCUACAGAGGGCAGAUGCCAAGGCCAACAAGUUUGAUAAAGAAAUCUGGGCCACUGAACUUGGGCCUAUACUUAACUUGUGGAAAAAACUCAAUCAAGGUUCUCAGCUGAUCAACUCUAAGAUCAAGCCUCCCAGCGAUAAGACCGGCCAGGAGGCCCCCAUCAUCUCCUUCAUCAAGCUGGAGCAGUACAACGCCAUCAAGCUGGUGCAGAGUAUCCACCAGUCCCUGGCCUCGCUCAGUAAGAUCAUCCGCGGCACCAUGCUGCUGACCAAGGAAGUCCAGAACCUGGCAGCCGCUCUCCUCAAUCAGGAGACUCCCCUAGACUGGCAGGGUAAAUGGGAUGGACCUGAGGACCCCAUGCAGUACCUGCGGGGACUGGUCACCCGGGCCACAGCCAUCCAGACCUGGGUGGACAAAGCAGACCACGGAAACUUACUGCGGGACACCCUGGACCUGUCCGACCUCUUCCAUCCAGACACUUUCCUCAAUGCUCUACGACAGCAGACAGCUAGGGAGGUAGGGUGUUCCAUGGACAGUUUGAAGUUUGCUGUGAGUUGGAGAGGUGGGGUGCAGGGAGCCAAGACCCAAGUGAAGGUUGGGGGUCUACAGCUGGAGGGUUGUAGCUUUGACGGAGCGCGACUCUCGGAGAACCAGCGGGACUCUCCCAGUGUGUCUGCUGUCCCACCCUGUCAGGUCGCCUGGAUCCCUAAAGAUGCACCAGAUCCGUAUGGUAUGGAUGAUGUGAUCUCUAUUCCUGUGUAUACAAGCAGUGAAAGGGACCACAUUGUGACCCGCAUGGACCUUCCGUGUGGUGGCAACCAGUCUCUGUGGCUCCAGUGUGGUGCUGCUCUCUUCCUGAAGAGCACAUAGACAGACGGGGGCAAUCUCACUGACUUUUGUAAUUGUGUUUAUUUAUUUGUGUCUCUAUUUAUUGUGACUGAAACUGGAAAGACUUUAUGUGGUUAGAUUUACAAACUCACGACUCGUGAUUUUGAUAGAAAUUAUUCUUAGUUAAGGUUGUAAUAUCUAAAUUGAAUUGGAAACUAUGUUUUUGAAAUGUAUGUCAAUCCGUCCACUUUCUCUGUGAUCAAACUAGAUGUGAUUAUAUUUUUUUGUAUUUUAUGAAGUGCAUCAUUAACUGUGAUAAUGUGAAAGGCACAUAGUAAUAUUUUGAAGCUAUUGAAUGUUCAAAUUCAUGGUAUUAAACUGUAAACUCAAAGGAAACAA